AUGGCUGCCCUUCUAUCACCGUUGUAUCGUCUCUACGAUCUCCUCCAAGGCUUGAGGGGAACAAAUAGCACCUUCCUUACCGAGCAACACGUCCCCGGCACCGAUCUGACAGGGAAAUGGAUAAUCAUAUCCGGUUCCAAUAAUGGCGUUGGAUUUGAAGCUGCCAAAUCCUUCGCAGCAUGGGGUGCGAAUCUAAUUCUCGCCUGCCGUGAGCCGCCUGCGUGGGAGCUGCAUCCUACAGCCGCCCUCAAGGAAUGCAAGGACAUCGCCGAGGCGCACGGUCAUUCAUCCACGAUCGAAUGGUGGGAGAUUGACAUGGCCGAUCUCAACAGCAUCGAGAUUUUCUGUCGAAGAUGGUUGGAAACUGAUCGCGCUUUGGAUAUCCUCUGUAACAAUGCUGGCCUUGCGUCUUCCGCACACAAUGACUUGACGAUGACGACGGAUGGGUUCCAGCUGGUUCACCAGGUCAACUUUUUGUCUCAUGUUCUACUGACUCUCCGACUCCUUCCGUCUCUAGCUCGCAGCUCGCAGCCUCGCAUAAUCUGCUCAACUUCAUGCUUACACCACCUCGGCUACUUUGAUCUGGAGCACUUCAACGGCGGCCCAGAGAUGAGCGGCAAUCCCUAUGCGAAUAACAAGCUCUAUUUCCAGAUUUGGGUUGCAGAGCUGCAAUCUCGGCUCCUCAAGCAUCCCGAGUACCUCCACAUCACGAUCAACGGCCUUCACCCCGGUUUCGUUGCCUCGGGUAUCUGGAAAAACCUCGAGAGUAUACUUGGGUCUGGUCCUCGCUCAGUUCUGGAUUUCCUCUUACACUAUGUUGCCAUCAAUUCACAGCAGGGUAGCUUGGCUAUUACCCAUGCGGCUACUAGUCCUGAGUUUGGGCCGGAUCCUAAGAAGCAGGGUGUGGGCGCGGAGAACGGUAGAGGCGGGGGACUGUAUAUCAAUCGUAUUUGGGAAGCGUCGCAGCAGUGGCAUUGUAAUGACCCUGAUUCUAGGUCAAAACUAUGGGUCAAGCUAGACGAGGAGCUUCAUUUGGAAGAGAAAGGUCUUUUGGAUAUUCUGGGCCGCUGA